GCAGGCGGUGUCUGCAGAAAGAGAACCCUCCAGUCUGAUCCUCGAUCAUUCGGGUGGAGCCACAGACAGCUCGGUGACCUCCCACCGUCGCCAGUCCUCCGUAUACGCGCGUGUGGAUGUGUGGAUGUACGUGUGGAUGUUUUUCUGUCCUUGUGUGUGUGUGUGUGUGUGUGUGUGUGUGUGUGUGUGUCCGGCCCACCAGACCAUCUGUCAGAGGGUUCAGGUCAAACUGGGACUGGCGUCUUCCUAACGAAGCUGAUUGGGACUGAGUCUACAGCGGCACUCUGGACACGGUGGUGGACUGGAUUUACUGUAGAACGUGGAGAUCAGUAAAGGAAGAAGAACCUGUUUUGCACUGCGCUGUGAAAAGAUCUCCUCCUGCGUGGAGCUUUUGGCGCCAGCUGCGAUGAUUCUGGCCACGUUGAAGGGCGUUGGGAAGCAGCUCCUCCGGGUGAAGGUUGUGGACUGCAACGCGGACGACUCGCGCCUGUCUCGAUGCCUCAACACGUUUGACCUGGUGGCCCUGGGCGUGGGCAGCACGCUGGGCGCCGGCGUGUACGUGCUCGCCGGCGCCGUGGCCCGGGACAGCGCCGGACCUGCCAUCGUCCUCUCGUUCCUCAUAGCUGCCCUGGCCUCGGUCCUGGCCGGACUGUGCUACGCCGAGUUCGGAGCCCGCGUCCCCAAAACUGGCUCGGCCUACCUCUACAGCUAUGUGACGGUUGGGGAGCUGUGGGCCUUCAUCACAGGCUGGAACCUCAUCCUCUCCUAUGUUAUCGGAACUUCGAGUGUGGCGAGAGCGUGGAGCGCAACCUUUGACGAGCUGAUUGGACAGCACAUUGAAGUUUUCUGCAGACGCUACAUGACCAUGAAGGCCCCGGGCCUCCUGGCCGAGUAUCCAGACAUCUUCGCUGUCUUCAUCAUAAUAAUUCUGACAGGACUGCUCGCGUUUGGAGUGAAGGAGUCAGCGAUGGUAAAUAAAGUGUUCACCUGCAUCAAUGUGCUGGUGCUGCUUUUCAUGACCAUCUCUGGCUUCGUCAAAGGAAACCUGAAAAACUGGAACUUGAACCCUGAAGAAAUCCUCAACGGCACCCACAACUCCAGCCUUAAUAUGUCUGGCUCCUUACCUUCAGAAGAAAGUCUCGGGGACGGCGGCUUCAUGCCUUUUGGCCUGAGCGGAGUCCUCUCUGGUGCCGCCACCUGUUUUUAUGCCUUCGUAGGCUUUGACUGCAUCGCCACUACAGGAGAAGAAGUGAAGAACCCUCAGAGGGCCAUUCCCAUCGGGAUCGUGGCCUCCCUCCUCAUCUGUUUUGUGGCUUACUUCGGCGUGUCCGCAGCCCUCACUAUGAUGAUGCCUUACUACUUGCUGGAUAAGAACAGCCCCCUGCCAGUGGCCUUUAAGUAUGUGGGCUGGGAGGGAGCCACGUACGCUGUGGCCAUUGGAUCUUUAUGUGCCCUGUCGACCAGUCUGCUAGGCUCCAUGUUCCCAAUGCCCAGAGUGAUCUGGGCCAUGGCAGAAGAUGGCUUGCUCUUCAAAUGUUUGGCCAGCAUCAGCCCACGAACCAAAACCCCCCUAACAGCUACAGUAACAUCUGGUGUUGUUUCAGCUGUGAUGGCCUUCCUGUUUGACUUGAAGGACCUGGUUGACCUCAUGUCCAUCGGCACUUUGCUGGCCUAUACUCUGGUGGCUGCCUGCGUGCUGGUCCUCAGGUACCAGCCUGAACAGCCCAGUGUGGCCUACGAGAUGGCCAGCACUCAGGAUUAUGAGUCUUAUAACGAUGGGAACACUGACAUACUACCACAGCCAGAGGAUCGCUUCACCUUCAAGAAUCUACUUACCCCUUCCAACACAGAUCCGUCCCCCCUCUCUGGGUUCGCCGUCAACAUAUGCACCAGCAUACUUGGUGUUUUGGUGUGUGUCUUCAGUGUGGUAGCGGUCCAGGGAGGGCUGGCCGCCUGGUCGCUGUCUGUCCUCUGUGUUCUCAUGGCCGUGUGUCUGAUGGUCACCUUUGUUGUGUGGAGACAGCCGCAGAGCAAGGCCAAGCUUGCCUUCAAGGUUCCACUGCUGCCCUUUGUCCCAGUCACUAGUAUGUUCAUCAACGUCUAUCUGAUGAUGCAGCUCGACAGAGGAACCUGGAUGCGCUUUGCCAUCUGGAUGGUCUUAGGUUUCUGUAUCUACUUUGGCUAUGGUAUUCGCCACAGUGCAGAGGCAGUGUUGACCACGCCAACCUGCACGAUAAAGGGAGAGCCCAUGACCACGGAGAAGGAAGCCUUCCUACACGACACACAGAACGCCACCAGAGAGGACGAGGAAGAGGACGAGGAAGACUCCUGAGGAAACGGGAGGUUCACUAAUCCUCUCUAUUUCUGUUCUGUUAAACUCUCUGAAAUAGCUGCAGGUCCAGGAGACGUACGGAGACACUUACCCUCCAAUCAGAGCGUUGACGUGUUUCCUUUUUCCAGACACAACUUUGAAUGAAAGUAGAAAGGGUAAUUAGAUGUAAAGCUAGGCAAACACACUUUAAAAAGAUAGUUUGGAUACAUCUUAAAACCAAUAUUUCAUUUCAGUGAUAUUUUUCUAUGUUUUUUUAAUUCUAGCAGCCAAAGGCAAAGCACAAGUUGUUUUAAACAAAGUUUUUUAAGGUAUCGGGUGUACGUAUGUCUAUUUUUAAAGAUCCUUUUGGUUCCUUCGUCCGCAGCAUAUAUGUGCAUUAGGAGGCACAGUGCCCGCUACUGUGUCCACAUCCCUUGGGAGAUUUCUUUUUAAAUCCUUUAUUUCACACAUUCAUUAAUUAGAAGAAUACUGGUCUGGGACUGCCAGGGACUUGUCAAAUACUGAUGCUUUGUCACGGCCCUCGGGGUCCGCACAAGGUACGUACGUGCCCUCACGUGCACUCUCAUGCACGCGCAGCCGGACCAGCUAUCCCUGCGGAAAACCAGCGAAGCCUGGAUUCCAACACACACACAGGGAGUGUGACGUCACUCUCUGGCCAGGACGCCAUCAUUGUUGACUGCUUCAUUCUCGUUUUUGAGUACAGCCCCGUUAAUUCAGACAAUCAGCAAAUAAUACUUCUAAAACUCAGCUGACAAGUUCACUGUAUAUCUGAUUCCUUUUUGUGUCGUACGUUUACCUCAAAGGCACAACUUUGCACGUGGAUAUUAUUUUAUAUUUUGCUCCUGAGACCAUAUCCUGUGUAGAAAGUUCAACUCCGUACCUGUGUUUUACAUUAACAGUAUAACUGAGAAUGCAGCUCUGGGCUCUGAAUAGGUGCUCUGUGAUCAGUGUUCAUCAGUAUUCAUACGUUCAUCUUCUAAACGAUUGAUGGUUUCUUCACAGAGAUCGAACACACCAGUGCUGUCUCCUUUAGGGAACUUUGUUAUCUAGCCAAAGAAAAAAAGCUGCUAAUGUGAAAUGAUUUCUCAGAUACUUUGGAGGAUGUAUUUUUAAAGUGCCUUUUUCCCCAAAGGAAUUCCACCUUUAUAGAGAUAUCGCUUUAUUGUCAGCUUGAAUUGCUGAACAAAGUUCAAUUCUGUAAAUAAUGUACACUUUGGAUUUAAUUAAUGGACACUUUGGAUUUGAAAAGCAUAUUAUAUAAUAUAUGAAUAUUAUUAAUUAAUAAUAUAUCAGAGACCUUUCACCUUAGCAGACCAUUUUCACGUUUUAGUUUACAUACGUCUGAAUGAGAUGAAGAACAAUCAAUCGGUGACAUUGAGCACCUCCCGGUUUCCAUAGUGAUACAUUAAUACUUUAUACUCGGCAGUAAUCCAUGUGCCAGUGCCUCUGCCUGCCAGGCAGGAUGGGAGGAUUAAAGAAAGGAGGGCUGAUUGCGACAGUGUGCAGAUUCCCAGGGCAGCUAAAACCUGAACGCGGCAUCUCAAACGGUGUGUGUUCACCAAAGUCUGAAA